AUGGAUUUGUUUAAAAUUCUCGGUAGUGGUGCAAAAUUUAAUAAAAAUCGAUUUAAUGAAGAUAUUACAUUAUUUGAGCCUUCGAAUAAAUCGAGGAGAAUAAAUGAAACCGCCGUUGAUAAUAAGUCGAAUACACAAUUGGACCUUAUACAAGAAAUUGACUUUUUUCAUAAUAGUAAAAGUUCAAUUAAUGAGACUUUAGGCAUAACUAAAAGCAAAACAAAAGAAAUAACGGAAAACCUAGAUAAAGGCCAAGAAGAAGAUGGAAAUGGUCAAGUCGACUUUAAUUCCAUGGAUGAUGUUAAAAUGUUUCGCAAGCGACAUCGAAUUCGCGUUUACGGAACGGAUAUUCCAAAUCCAUUUGGUUCAUUCGAUGAACUUGAGUCGAAAUAUGAAUUCCAAUCAUAUAUUUGUAAGAAUUUAAAAAACUUUUCAUAUAUAAAACCAACUUCAAUUCAAAUGCAAGCCAUCCCUAUUAUGAUCCAUGGACGAGAUUUAAUGGCAAUGGCGCCUACUGGGUCAGGUAAAACGUUGGCUUAUAUUUUGCCAAUAUUAUAUGAUUUGAAAGGUCCAGAGAAAAUGGGGUAUCGUGCUUUAAUUAUUUCUCCGACAAGAGAACUAGCACAACAGAUUUAUAGGGAAAUCAAAAAAAUGAGCAUCGGAAAGAAAUUUAAGAUUUGCAUGUUAACGAAAGCGACUGCGGCUACACAAGCGCAGGCGCCUCAACUAAGAGAAAAAUUUGAUAUUUUGAUUAGUACACCACUUCGUUUGGUUCACGCAAUUCAAGAAGAAAACAUUGAAUUAAAAAACGUGCGUCAUCUAAUCUUGGAUGAAGCGGAUAAAUUGCUUGAAUUGGGAUUUUUAGAACAAACCGAUGAAAUAUUUGCUGCAUGUUCUAAUAUGAAAUUACAAAAGUCAUUAUUUAGUGCAACACUUCCUUCAGGUGUUGAAGCAUUGGCAAAUAAUUUUAUGAAAGAUCCCAUUAGAGUUAUAGUAGGCUUGAGAAAUGCUGCUACGGAAACGAUUAAACAAAAACUUAUCUACGUAGGACAAGAAGAAGGAAAAUUAAUUGCUAUUCGACAAUUGAUACAAGAAGGGCUUAAACCGCCAGUAUUGAUCUUUGUACAAUCCAUUGAACGAGCAAAAGAAUUGUUUCAUGAAUUAAUUUAUGACGGUAUCAAUGUAGAUGUUAUACAUUCCGAAAGAACGAAAGCUCAAAGAGAUUCAAUUGUAUUAAAAUUUAGACAAGGAAAAAUAUGGGUAUUAAUAGCUACAGAAUUAAUGGCCCGUGGUAUGGAUUUCAAGAGUGUUAAUUUGGUUAUAAAUUAUGACUUCCCUCAAUCUGUGCAAAGUUAUAUUCAUAGAAUCGGUAGAACUGGUAGAGCUGGUAGAUCUGGUGAAGCUGUGACUUAUUAUACUAAAGAUGAUGCUCUUUAUCUAAAGAGUAUCGUGAAUGUAAUGAGAGAAUCGGGAUGUGAAGUACCAGAAUGGAUGUUUCAAUUAAAAAAUCCUUCAAAAGUUUCUAAACAGCAAUUACGUAAAAAGCCUGUAGAACGUAAAACCAUAAGUACAAGAUCUACUUAUGAUCUUAAGAAAAUGAAACAUAAAAAGGAAAUUAUCGAAGCUUCAAAAAAACGAAAAGCUCGUAAAUUAGCCUCUGCCGCAAAUAAAUAUGGCGAUAAAGGUGGUGGUGAAGCAGAUAAAAAGGAGGACAAAGGUCUAAUUAAAACUGAUGAUAAAACAAAAAAUAAUAAAUUGGAAUCAUCAAAAUCAUUGCCUUCAAAUAAGAGGAGAAAACGUAUUAGUGAAAAGGAUUAG